AGGGGCUGCUGGGAGAUGUCGUCCAGGUUCUUUCCCCACCAGCGGCGAGUGCGCGGCCUGUACCCCUCCUCACGAUCCGGGCCUGGUUCCUCCGCCUUCCCCGGGAGCUCUCCCUACUUGCCCACGGCGGCUCGGUAGUUCCGACCCGAGAGACAGGUACCCCGGGGACAGGGGGGACACCCAGUGAAAUGCAUCCCUGACCUGAUUGGAUCCGAGAAACAAGAAGCAUGCAGAUCUCUCAGCCCCAUUGUGCAGGUGGUUGUCACAUUCACACUCUCAAGAUGGCAGCCAUUGACCUAUCCCCGAUAUAGGCUUUGCCUUCACAAGAUUCUGCCUGUUCCUACAUAAAUACUGACGGAGAAAGGACAAUGGCUGGAUUCCUAGCAACCUGGUUUCAGGGACCAGUGACCUUUAAAGAUGUAGCUGUGGAGUUCACCCAGGAAGAGUGGGUGAUGCUAGACUCCGCUCAGAGAAGUAUGUACAGAGAUGUGAUGUUGGAAAACUAUAUAAAUCUCUCCUCAGUGGAAUAUCAUUUAUGCAAGCCUGUGAUCUCCCUGUUGGGUCAAGAUUUAAGAACUGUGAAAAAAAUUCCCCAAGGCACCUGUCCAGACCAGGAGAUCCAACUGAAAACGAAAGAAUCAACUUCUAAGCAGAGUAUUUUGGGGGAAAAUUCAUCCAGUGCCACGAAAAUGAUAAGAUUCACAAAGAAUGAUCGGUCUUCUACAAUGAGAAAAGACUGGGAAUGCUGUAAGAUCAGAAAACACCCAGAGGGAAUUUUGAGUCACAUGACACUUACUCAAAAGAAGACAGCAUCUCAGAAGAGAUUCUGUGGUUAUCAUGAAUUAGAGGAAAACUCUAAACUUAGAUCAAAACUUGUUUUUUCAAAGACAGUUUCCAGCAGUAAAUAUUGCCAUAAGUGUUACUUAGAUAUCGAGUGUUUGAAGCAUAAUUCAGUCCUAAACAAUUAUGAAAAUACCUCAGUCAGUGAGAGGGUCUGUGAAAGUCAUAAAUAUGAUUCAGCUCUGUGGCAUCUUGAAAGAACUGAAACAGCACAAAAUGAGUGCACAUGUUCCAAACUUAGUAUACACUUCAAACAUAAUAUGCUUCCAAUAUGCAACAGUUUUCCUAUGGUGGACAAUUGCUUUGAGUGUGAUAAAAUCAAAGCUUUUUGUCAACUUUCAUUCUUUAAGCAACAGAAGCAAACUCCUACUGGAGGGAAACAUGAAUGUAAUCAGUGUGGAAAAGCCUACAAAAGAGUUUCUAAUUUUAUUUUGCACAAGAUAAGUCACAUGGGUGAAAAGCAAUAUGAAUGUAAAGACUGUGGGAAAGUCUUCUGUGAUUCUUCAACCCUAAGGAGACAUGUAAGAACUCACACUGGUGAGAAACCUUAUGAAUGUAAUCAGUGUGGAAGAGCUUUCAGUCAAAACACAUCUCUUAAAGCUCAUGUGAGAAUUCACACUGGAGAGAAACCUUAUGAGUGUAAUCAUUGUGGAAAAUCCUUUGGCACAAGCUCUUACCUUGUAGUCCACAAGAGAAUACACAGUGGGGAGAAACGCUAUGAAUGCAGUGAUUGUGGGAAAGCCUUCAACACAAGCUCUCAGCUUAAAGUUCACAAGAAAAGACACACUGGAGAGAAUCUUCAUGAAUGCAAUGACUGUGGGAAAGUGUAUAGUGGUCUCUCAUCUCUUAGAAUGCAUCUGAGAACUCAUACUGGGGAGAAACCUUAUGAAUGUAAAGAAUGUAGGAAAACCUUCAGUGUUUCCUCUUCCCUUAGUAGACAUGUGAGAACUCACACUGGAGAAAAACCUUAUGAAUGUAUUCAAUGUGGAAAACUUUUCAGUCAGAAUUCUUCACUUGUUUUACAUAAGAGAGUUCAUACUAGGAGAGAAAGUUACAGGAAUCCUAUAACUUAAAAACGUAGAAUUGCCUUUUUCAUUGUCUUAAGGUGAAUUCCAAGCCUAUUACUUCAGUCUUUGUUCUCUAAAAUAAGGAUUUAAGGCUAUAAACAUUCCUGUAAACACCACUUUAGGUAUGUAACACAUUUUAGUUUGUGAUAAUUUAUUUUAGUUUUGAGUGUUGUCUAAUAUUACGACUUCUGAUUCUUGGCAGUUUAGAAUUAUGUAUUUUUAUGUUUUCAGUUAUCUUAUUGAUAUCUGAGUAAAUUGCACUGUGUUCAGAGUAUCUGGACAACUUUACUGGUAAUUUCUUGAGAGUUAUUUUCUGACCUGGUAUGGCAGAUACUGCUCAUAGCCAGUCAAACAUCCAGCUCAUCCCUUCCUUCUGACAACCUUAUAUGUCUAGAUAUAAUACCAAAUUGUCUGUUGACAAAACUCCUCUCAGCCUCCUUGCUGCAGGUGUAGCCAUAUCCUUCACUCCUUGUUUUAUUUUAUUUUUUGCUUUUUAGGGCUGCACUCGCAGCAUAUGGAAGUUCCCAGGCUAGAGGUCGAGUCAGACUUGCACCUGCCAGCCUACACCACAGCCACAUUAACAUGGGAUCCAAGCUGCAUCUGUGACCUACUCACACAACGCUGGAUCCUUAACCCACUGAGCAAGGCCAGGAAUCAAACCCUCAUCCUUAUAGUUACUAAUCAGAUUCAUUUCCACUGUGCCACAAUGUGAACUCCCUCUCAUUUCUGAUUAAUCCAAUAUAGAUAGUAUCUCUGGGGACAGACCUGUCUAGUGUUUCCACUUUGCCUUUUGCACUUGUCUUUCCACCUUACGGUCUUCUGCCUUUGGAUUUUGCAAUUAUAGAGCCAUCUUGUUACCAUGAGGAUGAAAACCAUGGCUUAAGGAUAGUAUCAAAGAGGUCUUGGCUUCCCAAAGACAUCUUCAAAUAGCUAUACCAGCA